AUGGACGAUGGUCCCUUCACACUCCCUGCCAGUCACGCAGGUGAAAUCGUACAAGAAUGUUUAAAGAUACAUAAAGCUGGUGAUAUCGAUAACGAGAGCUUGCUGAAGUAUCAACACGCCGAUAGAGAUUUACAAGCUCAAACUAUCGCUGAUAUGGCAGCAUUGAACAACAAGACCGAAACUCGGCUAACGUGCAAAAGGCUUCUCCGUAUUGUCCUCCAGGCGAAGAUCAUGUUGGGGUCGACACUACCACCUGACUGGGCCAGUGACACGAACCAUAUGAUGAACUCGAUGGUAUACGAGGAUGCGCAAGUAAAGUCGCGAGAAAUCUGUGAUCUGAAGAAAAAAAUAGAAGCCUUGGAAAGCUGGAUCGGAAACAUCGAAGAAAAGAUGUUAGAGUGUAACAAAGACACUGAAUCAAUAAAGCAGAAACAGGGGAGCAUUGUACGAGAUGAGGCAAAGAAUGCCACUGUCAUAGCCAACCUAGAGGGUGAUCUAUGUAGUCUGCAGUCUAACUUGCGAGAACAUCAAGAGCGGUCAGAGCGUCUCAUUUGCAGAAAAUUCACCACCUUAAAAAACCUAUAUAUGCGUCUACAGCAAGUGGAUCUCGGAGUUCUAGCGCAUACCCAGGAAGAAUUUGGCAAGCAUUUGUCAGAAAUGAAAGACCAGAUAUCCAACUUGUCCAACCAGCAAACCUCUAUGACUAGCGAAUCAGAAGUGCUGCGGGACGAAUUGCAUACCACACGCGAUGAUAGGACACUGCAUGAAACAAGAUUAUCUGAUUUGGAGUCCAUUUUCCAUAUAUUGAGAUCUGAUCUCGAUUUUUUGCUCGAAGCUCAUAGGGAGUCCCGUUGCAAUCACGAGAAUAGAGAAGUCCCGCGUCUUCAUCUUCCUGACAUGGAAUUUGAAUAUGCGCCUUACAUAGCUCCCAAGGACACUCCAACAUAUAGUUUGGCUUCGGAAACCCCUGAUGGGGCUAUCACACUAACGGUAGGAAAAUUUGCUUACCAUCGACCUCUGAGUAUUUAUUCACGUCUUGGAGAAGCUACGAACAGGUAG